AUGUGGAAUGAUCUCCAAACGGCCACAACCGAAGUAUUGUUUCCAAAUAUUAGGAGAAUUAGGAAAGAAGUUCGUUGGCAACCCCCAGAGGCAGAUUUGGUGAAGCUGAAUUUUGACGCCUCUGUCAAUGCCGUCGAUGGAGUGUGCGGUCUUGGAGUGAUAGCUCGGUCGGAGUCCGGAGAGUGUGUUGGUUGGCAUACAAAAUGCAUUACACAACAUCUUGAACCAACCGCGGCUAAAUCUAAAGCAGCUUUAAUGGCGAUUGAACUGUAUCGAGAUAACAAUUGGCAGAGGAUUGUACUUGAAGGGGACUCGAGUGUUGUCAUCGCCGCUGUCGGAGAAUCAAAUUGA